AUGCGCCUGGCGGAGAUGAUCAAGAAGAUGGGCCCCGGCGAGGUGGAGUUCAACAUCCCGGCCAAGAACUGCUACCGGAUGGUGGUGCUGGGCUCGUCCAAGGUGGGCAAGACGGCCAUCGUCUCGCGCUUCCUCAGCGGCCGCUUCGAGGACCAGUACACGCCCACCAUCGAGGACUUCCACCGCAAGGUCUACAGCAUCCGCGGGGAGGUCUACCAGCUGGACAUCCUGGACACGUCCGGCAACCACCCCUUCCCGGCCAUGCGGCGCCUCUCCAUCCUCACAGGAGACGUUUUCAUCCUCGUCUUCAGUCUGGACAACCGGGACUCCUUCGAGGAAGUCCAGCGUCUGAAGCAGCAGAUUCUGGAAACCAAGUCUUGCCUGAAAAACAAGACCAAGGAGAACAUUGAGGUUCCUCUGGUUAUUUGCGGGAACAAAGGCGACCGGGACUUCUACCGGGAGGUGGAACCCCGAGAAAUUGAGCAACUGUUGGGCCAGGACUCCAAAAAGUGUCCUUAUUUUGAGAUCUCUGCCAAGAAGAACAGCAGUUUGGAUGAGAUGUUCCAGGCGCUCUUCACCAUGGCCAAACUGCCCAACGAAAUGAGCCCAGAUUUGCAUCGCAAAGUCUCUGUGCAGUACUGUGACCUGUUGCACAAGAAGACCCUCAAGGGCAAAAAGCUCCUGAAGGACAGCUCUGGGGAAGGGGCCGGGGAUGCCUACGGCAUCGUGGCCCCCUUCGCUCGCAGGCCCAGCGUCCACAGCGACCUCAUGUACAUCCGGGAGAAGGCCAUCCGAGGCGGACAGGCUAAGGACAAAGAACGCUGCGUGAUCAGCUAA